AUGACGAAGGCUGUCACCACCGUCGACUUGUCAAACACCGCGAGCGCCUACUAUGCCCCCGCGACUGUCGCCCCAGCAGGCAAAGUCAUUCAUGUCGCUGGUCAACCAGGAAACUUGAAGGAUGGAUCAAUUCCAAGCGACUAUGAGUCACAGAUUCACCUGGCUCUGCUCAACCUGCGGAGAAUCAUUGUCGCCGCAGGAUCCUCUAUCGAGAACAUCGUCAAGCUGAAUCUUUACAUUGUGAACUAUGAUGCCGCCAACCGAAAGCAUACACGCCAUAUCCAGCGCUUCUUGAGAGGUCACCGGCCGGCCAUUACUCUUCUUCCAGUACCGCAGCUCGCAGUACCAUCAUGGCUCUUUGAAGUUGAUGCGAUUAUUGCGCGCCCGGAAACAUCACUCCCUCCUAUACUGUCCAAUGUGAACCAGACCGGAGACGUUGUCAUCAUCGGUGCCGGCCUGGCUGGUCUGACCGCUGCUCAUGAUCUUCUGCGCAGCGGCCUAUCCUGCGUUAUUCUCGAGGCGCGCGACCGUGUUGGUGGAAAGACGUGGAGUGCACCGCUUAAUGGCGGUGGGACUAUUGAUCUUGGAGCAGCCUGGAUCAAUGACACAAACCAAAGUAAGGUAUACGCCCUUGCGAAGCGCUUCGGCGCAGAAGUUAUCGAACAGAACACGCAAGGAAAUGCUGUUUUAGAAGUCAUUAAUGGCAAAUGUACACCAUUUGCCUAUGGUGAACUUCCAAACUUUGAUGAAACUACUCGGCAAAAUCUGGCACAGAUUCGCGACAUGUGCGAGGCAGACUGUCAGGCCCUUGACACAUGCAGACCCGAUGACAAGCUUCUGGAUUCCCUCACAUUCGAGGCCUACUUGCGGUUCCGUGGUGCCAGUGAAGUAGCACUUGCUACUGCCACGGUAUGGACGCGGGCUAUGCUAGGGCAGGAUCCUCGCGAUAUCUCUGCUCUCUACUUUUUGAACUACUGCAAGUCUGGUGGAGGUCUCUUGCAGAUGCGAUCUGAUCGCAAGCACGGAGGUCAGUACCUGCGAAUCCGCCAAGGUACCCAGGCCUUUUCCCUCGGAUUGGCAUCUUCGCUUCCAGAGGGCAUUGUAAAGCUGUGCGCCCCUGUGCACUCAGUUGUACAGAGCGGUGAUCAGUCUAUCAAGGUACAAGCAGGUGGUGCAGUGUAUGCCGCUCGCAAGGUUAUCACCACUGUGCCCAGCCCUGCGUUGAAGAGUAUUGCUUUCCACCCCAAGUUGCCACCAGCGAAGCAGGUUUGGGCGGAGUCAACCACAUAUGGAUACUACACCAAGGCCAUGAUGGAGUUCCGCUCUCCAUUCUGGGAGAAGAAGGGCUUCUGCGGUCUUGCGCAAUCGUUCAUCGGACCCGCUAGCGUGGUCCGCGAGACCUGUAGUCUCGAGGAUCGGAAGUAUGUCCUGACAUGUUUCAUGUCUGGCGAUCCUGGACGGGACUGGGCAGCACUUUCUACCCCGGAGCGUGAGAGCAGCCUCCUGAAGCAACUUGAGAAGCUCUUCGCAGCGAGCAACUUGCAGAAGGAGUUCAUACAGAUGACAACCUAUGAGUGGGUGCAUGAUGAGUGGGCUGGCUGGGGCUGUCACUGCACAGCGCUCACUCCUGGUGUCAUUGCUAAUCUUGGUGGUGAUACUUUGCGUGAAAGCUGUGGAAACUUGCACUUUGCCGGUACGGAGACUGCUGGUGAGUGGAAGGGUUACAUGGAGGGUGCUGUUCGCAGUGGUGAGAGAGCUGCUGCUGAGGUGAUCAAGGGCUUACAGGCUGGUAUUUCUGCUCGUUUAUAA